AUGUUCGCCCGACAGUGCACACGAUUGGUGUCUUCCCGGACUGCCGUCCCCUUGUCUUCGUACCUUUCCCGUGUUAGGCCGUACUCCUCGGCAACAGGAUAUGAGCACAUCCUGACCUCCAGCCCCAAGCCUGGUGUCGGGCUGAUCACAUUGAACCGCCCCAAGGCCCUCAAUGCCCUUUCCAGCCCUCUCUUCAAAGAGAUCAACGAUGCCCUCUCCAAAUACGAUGAGGACAAGGAUAUUGGUGCCAUAAUUAUCACAGGAAGCGAGAAGGCCUUCGCUGCUGGUGCCGAUAUCAAGGAGAUGGCGCCCUUGACCUUCUCCGCUGCAUAUAGCAACAACUUCAUCGCCCCUUGGUCCCACCUCGCCAACAGCAUCCGUAAACCUGUUAUUGCCGCAGUUUCUGGCUACGCCCUUGGUGGUGGUUGCGAGCUCGCCCUGAUGUGCGACAUCAUCUACUGUACCUCGAAUGCUACCUUCGGUCAACCGGAAAUCAAACUAGGCGUUAUCCCCGGUGCGGGCGGAUCGCAGCGUCUGACUCGUGCAGUAGGAAAGAGCAAGGCGAUGGAGCUGAUCCUGACCGGAAAGAAUUUCAGCGGCAAGGAAGCGGGAGAAUGGGGCGUUGCCGCGAAAGUCGUUGACGGGGGUAAGGAUGAGUUGCUCGAGGAGGCCCUCAAGACUGCCGAGACGAUUGCAGGAUAUAGCCGUGUUGCCGUCGUUGCUGGCAAGGAGGUGGUGAACAAGAGUCAAGAACUCUCGUUGAGAGAGGGCGUUGAGUAUGAGAGGCGGUUGUUCCAUGCGCUUUUCGGAAGUAAAGACCAGAAGAUCGGCAUGACGGCUUUUGCCGAGAAGAAGAAGCCUGAGUGGUCGAAUGAGUAA